AUGGUUGGGAAAAGAGGGUGUAACUUAUUUAUUCUCGGGUUGAUAUCAAGUAGUGAAGAGAAAAGACGGUUUUUGGAUCGUAUAUUCUUUCUCCCGGAAAGGCUCACAAGGAUUCUUACGGCAAUUAAGGCGUUUGAGCAAUCGAAAAUAUUUCUAAGCAGAGUUUUGAAAAAGGAUGCACCCAACUAUUAUGAAAUAAUAAAAAGACCGAUGGAUCUAAGUAUUGUCCAAAAAAAGAUAGGAAAGUAUAAGUCCUUUGAGGAAUUCAAGGGUGACCUUGACUUGAUUUGGGAUAAUUGUCUCAAGUUCAACCACUCCAAAUACCAUAGGGAUUGUGCUUUUAAGAUGAAAGAGGUCGUAAGUACGUUUGAGAUAGAAGUAAUUCCUGUUAGUAUGGACACAGGCUUCGCAACAAGUUCACAUGUCUGGGAAGGAGAAGAAGGGCAAGGGCCUAUCAUCAAGUAUAUGGUUAAAAAGAUAAUAAGUGAGGUUCUUCUUUCAUCAGGGUACGGGUUUGCCUCGGAAACAGCUCUUGGAGUAUUCUGUGAUGUUUUUCAGUACAGAAUACUCAAGAUAAUAAAAAAGAUAAAGGCAGAAGAGAUGGACGGAUAG